GCCCGAUGCUAGACUAGUUUCCCCAUAGAUGGGUGACUGUACCCCUUCGUCCACAGUUUCUGCUGCUUCCCCCUGGGACUAUGUGGUUCCUUCUCCUGUUCCAAUUGCAGCCUCUGGAGCAUCAGUCAGAUCAUCAGGUUCUAGAACUGAUCACAUGUCUCAUCAACUUAGCUUUACCGGGGAUAAUUCCCAAUCAUUUGAGGAUGGAGAAGCAGAUGAUACUUAUUUGGCUGGAAAACACAAUCAUGAGAGUACUGAAAGCAUGUGCCCGGAGAUGGAAUAUAAUGCUGACCGUGCAUGGUAUGAUCAAGAGGAAGGAUGCACCAUGUUUAAUGCUGAUAGCUUGGCACUUUUCCUUGAGGAUGAGGCUUCUUUUCAAAAGAAAGAGGCGGAGCUGGCCAAAAGAUUGGUUCAAAGGGAUGGAUCUAGAGUGUCAAUUGCUCAGAGCAAAAAGUUAUCUCGGCGAACUGCUGAUAAUGCCCAGUGGGAAGAUCAACAACUUUUUAGAUCUGGAGCUGUACAAGGUACUGACGUCCAGACUGAGUUUGAUGAUGAUGAGUACCACAAGGUUAUUCUACUUGUACAUGAUACAAAACCUCCUUUCCUGGAUAAAAGAGUUGCUUUUACCAAACAAGCCAGGCCUAUAAUGCCCAUAAAAGAUCCCACAUCAGACAUGGCUAUAAUUUCACACAAAGGAUCUACUCUGGUUAGGGAAUUUCAUGAGAAACAAAGUAUGAAUAAAUCAUGUCAACGUUUUUGGGAGCUUGCAGGCUCAAAGCUUGGUGAUAUCCUUGGUGUUAAGAAAACAGCACAAAAGAUUGAUUCAGACUCCGCUGAAGUAAGUGAAAAUGGUGAAGUUGAUUUCAAGGAGGAAGCAAAAUUUUCACAACAUAUGAAAAAGGGGGAAGCCGUAAGUGAAUUUGCAACAUCCAAAACCAUGGCAGAACAGCAACAAUACCUGCCCAUAUACUCAGUGCGAGAUGAGUUACUUCAGGUAAUUCGAGAAAAUCAGGUGGUUGUUGUAGGAGAAACUGGUUCUGGAAAAACAAUUCAACUGACACAGUAUCUUCAUGAAGAUGGGUACACUAAGAAUGGUAUAGUUGGUUGUACCCAACCUAGGCGUGUGGCAGCCAUGAGUGUUGCAAAAAGAGUUAAUGUAACUGGACCAAACACCGUAAUUAAGUACAUGACUGAUGGAGUCCUCCUACAUGAAACAUUGAAAGAUUCUGAUCUUGAUAAGUACUAUGUCAUUGUGAUGGAUGAAGCACAUGAGAGAUCGCUGAGCACAGAUGUACUGUUUGGAAUACUAAAGAAAGUGGUUGCUCGGCAUUGUGAUUUUAAGCUCAUUGUGACAUCUGCAACCCUGAAUGCACAGAAAUUUUCAAAUUUCUUUGGAAGCGUACCCAUCUUCCACAUUCCUGGGAGGACGUUCCCAGUCACUAUGUAUAGGAAGACCCCAUGUGAAGAUUACGUUCAAGCUGCAGUGAAGCAGGCAAUGACAAUCCACAUCACUAGUCCUCCAGGUGAUAUCCUCAUCUUCAUGACUGGUCAGGAUGAAAUUGAGGCUGCUUGUUAUGCCCUUGCGGAAAGAAUGGAACAUCUCAUCUCCUCCACUGAGAAAACAGUUCCUAAACUCUUAAUUCUUCCAAUCUACUCCCAGUUGCCAGCUGACUUGCAAGCAAAGAUAUUUCAGAAGGCUGAAGAUGGAGCUCGCAAAUGUAUCAUUGCCACCAACAUUGCUGAGACCUCUCUGACUGUGGAUGGUAUCUUCUACAUUAUUGAUACAGGUUAUGGUAAAAUGAAAGUGUACCACCCUAGGAUGGGUAUGGAUGCUCUUCAAGUUUUCCCCAUUAGCCGUGCUGCUGCUGAUCAGCGUGCCGGAUAUGCUGGUAGAACUGGGCCUGGUACUUGUUAUAGGCUUUAUACACAGAGUGCAUACUUAAAUGAAAUGCUGCCGAAUCCUAUGCCCGAGAUUCAGAGAACUAACCUUGGCAAUGUGGUGCUGUUGCUCAAGUCACUUAAAAUAGAUAAUUUGCUGGAUUUUGAUUUCAUGGAUCCACCUCCAAAAGAAAACAUCCUUAAUUCUAUGUACCAGUUAUGGAUCUUGGGUGCACUUAAUAAUGUUGGAGGCUUAAGUGACAUAGGGUGGAAAAUGGUGGAGUUUCCUUUGGAUCCGCCCCUCGCUAAGUCCGCCCCUUGCUAAGAUGCUCUUGAUGGGUGAAUGGCUAGGAUGCUUAGAUGAGAUUUUGAUGAUUGUUUCAAUGCUUUCGGUGCCAUCAGUUUUCUUCCGGCCAAAGGAUAGAGCAGAGAGAGCAAUGCAGCAAGAGAAAAAUUUUUUGUGCCCGGAUCUGAUCACUUGACACUGCUUAAUGUUUAUAAGCAGUGGAAAGCAAACCAGUACCGUGGAGAUUGGUGUAAUGACCAUUUUUUGCAUGUUAAAGGUUUAAGGAAGGCCAGAGAAGUGAUAUCUCAGCUACUAGAUAUCCUGAAUACUCUGAAAAUCCCUCUUACUUCUUCUGGACUAGAUUCAGACAUUGUCCGGAAAGCAAUCUGUUCUGCAUACUUCUACAAUGCAGCAAAACUUAAGGGUGUGGGAGUGUAUGUAAACUGCAGGAACAACAUGCCCUGCCAUUUGCACCCAAGCAGUGCCCUAUAUGGCAUGUGUGAUACAGCAGAAUACGUGGUUUAUCAUGAGGCAAUUUUAACAACGAAAGAGUACAUGCAUUGUGUGACUAUGGUGCAGCCACAAUGGUUGGCUGAAUAUGGACCCAUGCUCUUCUCUGUGAAGGAGUCAGAUACAUCAUUGUCAGAGCAUAGGAAAAAACGGAAGGAAGAGAAAACUGCAAUGGAGGAGGAGAUGCAAAUUUUGAGAAAGGAGCGAGCUGAGGCAGAGAGAAAGAACAAGGAGAAGGAAAAAGAGAAGGGUACAAAUCAGCAGCAGCAAGUUUCAAUGCCGGGUUUGCCAAAGGGUGUUUCCACCUACCUGAGACCAAACAAGCUCGGUUUGUAAAUUUACUCACACUGUAUUAAUUGAUUUCUUUUGUUCUUUUUAUCAUGCGACUUAGGCCACCAUAAAAAACCAUAGAACUUAAGUCCAUUUUUACUAAUGGGCAGUAAUCUUCUGAAAAUAUAUUGAAAAAUAAUUACUAACUGCUAUGAUUAGAGUAUGAGAGUUUAUUUGUACAGAAGAAGCAAGUGAAA